AUGAAUAUGUUUGGUCUAUUUGGUGUCAAUACAAAGCAAAAGCAACAAGACAAUCAAGACAACAACAAUGCCCAGAAUACAUCAACACAACUAGCACCAGCAGAUUCACAGCCAACUCAAACACAACUAAACCAAACUUUGGGUUUUGACAGUGAAAAAGUUAAUACAGUGAAUAACACAGCAAUUGAUAGAAUGCAUGCUUUGGCUGGUGUAGAUAAUGGCGUUGAAUAUUUAGAUUUGGAAGAAGAACAAUUAUCCAAUAUGGAGGGGUCCCAAGGUUUAAUUCCAAGUAGAGGUUGGAAUGAUGAUCUAUGUUAUGGUACAGGUGCAGUCUAUUUAGUAGGUUUGGGUUUGGGUGGUACCUAUGGAUUUUUCGAAGGUUUGAAAAACAUUCCACCUAACUCUCCCGGUAAAUUACAAUUAAAUACAGUUUUAAACCACGUUACCAGAAGAGGUCCAUUUUUAGGUAAUAACGCGGGUGUCUUGGCUCUUAUGUACAAUAUUAUUGACUCUACUAUCGAUGCUUAUAGAGGAAAGCACGAUACCAUUAAUUCUAUUACUGCUGGUGCUUUAACAGGUGCCUUAUUUAAAUCUACCAGGGGCUUAAAACCAAUGGGUUAUGCUGCUGGUCUGACAGCAGGUGCUGCUGCUGCUUGGAGUGGUUUGAAAUCUUGGAUUUUAUAG